AUGGGGAUCGCAGAUAAUGCAAGCAGCAAUCCUUCAAAGGAAAAAGUGCUUCAAUCGAAAUCAAUGGCCUCCGAUAAGGGUCAAAACUAUAGCCACCACGAGGUGACUGGCUUGGAGACCUACAGCGAUGAAGCAGCACUUCCUGGGGCAGAGAUUCCUAUGACCUUCCGUCGUUUCAUGGGCUUUGUGGCGAUGGCAUUUCUAUGGACCGGCAGCCAGAUUCCAGUUUAUCUCUUCGGAGGUAUUCCGCCAUACAUCUACGCAAGCAUUGGCGGGGCAGACAGAUGGGUCUGGUUUGUUCUGGCAAACCUUCUAGGUCUUGCGGGUGUCUGUCCGUUUGUUGGUUCCCUAUCGGAUCUGAUCGGUCGUCGAUAUGUCGCUAUUAUCGGGGCUUCCCUCGUCUGCAUCGGCAUGAUAGUCAGCAGCACCGCAAAUACGAUGAAUAUAUUCAUUGCCGGGAUGGCAAUUGCAGGCGCCGGUGCCGGUGUCAAUGAAUUGACAGCCCUGGCUGCAACCUCCGAAAUGGCGCCAACCAGACUCCGGGGCAAAUAUGUGUCUAUCCUGAUCUUCACCAUUGUCCCGUUUUGCCCCUCCGUCCUCUGGGCGCAGCUUAUCGCCGCCCACAGUGGUUGGCGCUACGUCGGUGCAUUCUGCGGCGCGUGGAGUGGAUUCGGCCUGCUGGUCACGAUCCUGUUUUACUUUCCGCCUCCUCGCGUGAACUCGGAAGGUCUGAACAAAUGGGAGACGAUUAAACGCAUUGAUUUCAUCGGUGGUUUUCUCAGCAUUGUUGGUUUGAUCCUGUUUAUGGCUGGUAUGCAAUGGGGUGGAUAUCAGUACGACUGGACAUCUGCCCAUGUUCUUGCCCCGCUCAUCCUCGGUUUCGCCUUCUUGGUUGCCUUUGGCGUCUGGGAAGUCUACGGCGCCAAAUACCCGAUCUUCCCAAGUCGUUUGAAGCAAGAGCCUCGUACUCUGGGCUUGACACUGGUCAUCACCUUCAUCUCGGGUGCCAACUUUUUCUCCGUCAUCAUGUUCUGGCCUACGCAGUCGUUCAACGUGUACGGCCAUGACCCUGUGGCCGUGGGCGUGCGCAGUCUUCCUAUUGGCUUUGGUAUCAUGGGUGGUGCCUGUAUCGUCUUGUGGUUGCUUAGUGUGUUCCGCGGCCGCAACAAGGAGCUGUUGAUCAUCAGUAGCGUUCUCAUGACAGCAGGAUGUGGUGCUCUCGCGGUCGCUCGACUGGAUAACUUGUACCAAGUCUGGGGUCCCCUCAUCGUCGCGGGGCUCGGCAUUGGUGGGAUUGUCGUUCCGGCAUCGAUCAUGACCACUAUCAUCUGUCCAGACGACUUAAUCGCCACCAUCUCCGCCCUCACCCUCUCCAUCCGCGUCGUCGGCGGCAGCAUCGGCUACACAAUCUACUACAACAUCUUCAUCUCGAAAUUCACCCCCAGCGCAACGCACUACAUCGGCGGCGUCAUGCUCACAAAACUCCACAUCACCAACGCAACCCACAUCGCCGAGGCCAUCGAACUCACCGGCGCCUCCCUCCUCGACGAAAUCCGCCACAUCCCCGGCAUCGCAGGCAACGAGGCCGCCUACAACGCUGUCGUAACCGCGGGGCGGAUCGCCUUCGCAGAGAGCUACAAGUGGGUGUACUACGCUAGUAUUGGGUUCGGGGGCGUGAGUAUCAUUGCUGCGCUUUUCUUGGAGAAUAUUGGCGAUUAUAUGAAUGAUAAUGUGGCUGUUGUUAUGCAUUGA